AAGUGGAAAAUGUAAAUAGAUGUCAUUAUUGGAAAUGGGUAAUGCAUUACGGCACCGUUGCCUCUGGAUUUGUACGCGUAAAGGGUCGGAAGGUUCUUUUCAAGUUCACGUCAGCGGAUUCUGCUAAACUGGAGAGAAUAGGAUGGGUUUUAACCGGCUUUUGCAACUUCAGAUGGAUUUCAGAGAUCUCAGAAUUUGAAGGUGUAAUAAGCUGCUGAAUUAACAGACUAAUGGAGGAAACUGAGAUAAGUGAAGUAAGCGUGGUAAUAGCAAUCAAUGGAGAUAAAAAAAGUAAAUAUGUGGUUAAGUGGGCAUUGGAGAAAUUUGUCCCUGAGGACAAGGUUAUGUUCAAGCUGUUACAUGUCCGCCCUGCGAUAACUUCAGUUCCAACACCGAUGGGAAACUCGAUUCUUCUUUCACAAGUGCGAGAUGAUGUAGCAGCUGCUUACAGAAAGGAAAUAGAAUGGCAAACAAGUGAAAAGCUUCUUCCAUACAAGAAUAUGUGUGUUCAAAGAAAGGUUCCAGUAGAAAUUUUACAAAUCGAAUCAGACGAUGUGGUAAAUGCAAUAGCAGGGGAGGUAGCUAAAUGCUCUAUCAACAAACUUGUUAUAGGAGCCUCAUCGCGUAGCAUCUUUUCAAGGGGGCAAAGUUUGUCCUCAAAAAUAUCAGAAAGCACUCCAAGCUUUUGUACUGUCUAUGCUGUUUCAAAGGGGAAAAUGUCAUCCAUGCGCCCAUCUGAUUCAGAGACAAAUAGAAGCAUUAAAGAUGACUGUAGUGACACAAGUUCCUCUUCGAACAAUUCAUCAAGUCACACUUCCAGCACACAAACAGAAUGGACAGACCCAAGCUCGGCUGCUUCCUACUCUCAUUUUCGUUCUCCUUCACUACCAAUGCAACGAUUCCAAGCUCUUUCAACUAUAAACCAGACCCUUCUUCAUAAAAGGACAAAUUCAGCUGAGACCAACCAUUCUAGAAUUCCGUCUCUAGAUUUUAGGGAAGGGGAAGAUGUUGUGAGUAUCUCAGAUGUUGGUUACGCAAAUAGUCAGAUGUCUAGUUUUAGAAGCGUGCCAACAGACAACCAGUCAUGGAUAUCUGAUCAAGCUUCAACCUCAGGAGCUCCUACACAUUUUUCAUCUGAAAGCCAGGCCAAUAUGAACUUUGAGCUGGAAAAACUCAGAAUUGAACUGAGACAUGUUCGAGGAAUGUAUGCAAUAGCUCAGUGCGAGUCAAUUGAUGCUUCUAGGAAGCUAAAUGAUAUUCACAAGCGCCGGUUGGAGGAAGCAAUGAAGCUCAAGGAGAUAAGCUUUAAGGAGGAGGAAGCCAAAGAAUUAGCAAUACAAGAAAAGCAAAAACACGAAGCUGCAAAAAAAGAAGCUGGGUCUUUGAAGGAACGUGUUGAAAGAGAAACUGCAGAAAGGAAAGAAGCUGAGAUUAAAGCCUUACGUGAAGCCAAAGAGAAAGAAAAGCUCGAGAAUGUUCUGGUGGGUCCUGUGCAGCAGUACCAGAAGUUCACAUGGGAAGAAAUCAUAUCUGCUACCUCAUCAUUCUCUGACAAUCUUAGAAUUGGAAUGGGAGCAUAUGGAACUGUCUAUAAGUGCAGUUUGCAUCAUACAACUGCGGCAGUGAAAGUCCUCCAUUCUAAAGAGGCUCACAGGAACAAGCAAUUUCAACAGGAGCUUGAAAUCUUGAGCAGAAUUCGUCAUCCCCAUUUGCUAAUUCUUCUUGGAGCUUGUCCUGAUCAUGGUUGCCUAGCUUACGAGUACAUGGAGAAUGGCAGCCUGGAGGACAGGUUGCUCCGGAAAAAUAAUACACUUCCAAUCCCAUGGUUUGAGAGGUAUCGAAUCGCCUGGGAAGUAGCCUCAGCACUUGUCUUCCUGCACAACACAAGGCCAAAACCUAUUAUCCAUCGUGAUCUGAAACCAGCAAACAUAUUGCUUGAUCAUAACUUGGUGAGCAAGAUUGGUGAUGUUGGCCUUGCAACAAUGAUCAACACAGAGUAUUCUGCAUCCACCAUGUACAAGGACACUGGCCCUGUGGGCACCCUUUGCUAUAUUGACCCCGAGUAUCAAAGGUCUGGAUUAGUCUCUCCAAAGUCUGAUGUUUAUGCUUUGGGGAUGGUAAUUUUGCAGUUGCUGACUGCAAAACCGGCCAUAGCGAUAACCCAUGUGGUGGAAACAGCAAUUUGUGACGGUCAUUUUGCAGAUAUACUCGAUCCAGAUGCUGGGAAAUGGCCAAUUGAAGAGACAAAGGAAUUGGCCAAAUUAGGUCUGAGCUGUGCAGAGCUUCGUCGCAGAGAUAGGCCCGAUUUGAAAGAUAAAGUGCUUCCUGCACUGGAGAGAUUGAAUGAGGUUGCUGACAGGGCUCGAGAUAUGGCAUCCUGUGCUCAACCAGCACCUCCUAACCACUUCAUAUGCCCCAUACUUAAGGAUGUAAUGGAUGACCCUUGUGUUGCUGCUGAUGGGUACACUUACGAUCGCAAGGCGAUAGAGAAAUGGCUUGAGGAUAAUGAUAAAUCACCAAUGACAAAUUUGAUGUUGCCAAAUAAGAGCUUAAUACCAAAUUAUACACUUCUUUCUGCAAUUAUGGAGUGGAAAUCUGGAAGACAGUGAUACCAUUUUCUAUUGUUUAGGUGGGUGUUUCUUUGAGAACAGCUUUAAUUACUAUCUUAAUUUUACUCGUUAGAUUAGCCAACUCCAAGUAGUUCAAAAAAGGCUUGGUGGUUGUUGUAUUUAAUACGUUAGAUGAAAUGUUCGAUUUUUCGAAAUAGGUCAUUGUAUGUAAUGUUGUUGUUGCCUCAAAUAUAUGAAGUUCAAAAUGUAAGUGAACGGAAACAUAUACUUGAAUACAAAGACAUGGAUCUUUUAUAGCAAAAGAA